AUGGGCAUUCUUCUGGACAGCCUGUGCCCAUUGAUGCAUGCCUGCCUCUUUGUUCACCCUGGUUUUGAACCUGACGGAUUCAAAUGCUCCCAGGGCCACGGCUUCCAGCUCCUUGCCGCGCCAUGGCUGCAUCCAUUGUCAGCGUUCCCCUCCGGCGACAGCCUUGCCUGCAUCCGUGAAGAACUCAGCAAGAUAGUCUCUCAGGUUUAUGAAGAUGCUGCAGAGCUGGCUGCAAGGACUGUUUGCGACCUGCCGCUCUGGGUUCUGGCGUUCCUUCAGAAGGGCGGCCAUGGGCCUCCGGGAGCGCUUUGGUCUGUGGCCCGGCUGAGGAGAAGCCCCGCUCUGUCCUUUGUUCUGGGCUCUGAGUGGGGCCCUUCGCUGUUCUGCUCCGUUGAUGGCACAUGUCGAGGAGGGCGGCUCACUUUCACUUGCUUCUCAUGGUCUCAACUCGCACAGCCUGGCGGAAGUUGCCGAACAAACGUAACCUCUGCAGCAGGCCUCGCUCCGCGACCUGCGCUCGCAGCGGGGCUGGCGGCGGCCGCGCACUCAUGCUCUGUGGAAACGAGCACCGGGAGGUGUGAAACGGAACCGUGGAGGAUCUCAAACCGUUCCUCACGUGACAGAACUGACGCGUGGUGCGGCCGAGGUGGCCUGGGAUGGAGAGUUUGGAGUGCAGCGUUAGAGCCUGAUCUUUCUUGGAGACGAAACGGAGCCCUGGGCCUUUGGUUUAGCGUCUACAAGCAUCUCUGCAUAGGACAUUCGGGAUUGUUCUCUUUACCUGGAUUUUGGUCAGUGGACCCAGAGGUGAAGCAACAAUGCAUAUGGCCAGUGAGAACCAUGAACCUCUCUGAUCUCGGAAGCUAA